AUGGCCCAGGACCUCAGCGAGAAGGAGCUGCUGCGGAUGCAGGUGGAGCAGCUGAAGAGAGAGGUGAAGACCCCUCGGGUUCCGAUCUCCAGGACAGGGAAGGAGAUCAAAGACUACGUGGAGGCCCAGGCGGGGAGCGACGCCCUGCUGAAGGGCGUCCCUGAGGACACCAACCCCUUCAGGGAGAAGGGCGGCUGCCUGCUGAGCUGA